CGACUCAAUCCACUACAGUAAUUACUCAUCGGUGAAAUCAUUAUUAAAAAAAAAAAUUUACCAAUUUCGAAUAAUAUUCUAUGUCGUUGAAAAAUCGCCUGUUAUCGAGUGUGAUAAAAUUUCUGAAUACGAAAUUAGUCGAUCGAUCGAGAACGCGAUUGUGAAUUUCGAUUUAUCGAUAGGAGAGAAGGUUCGUCACUGCGCUCGCACGUAGGAAUCGUAGGUGAUGGUAGAAUGACAGUUCUCUGAGCAACUAUUGCGCGAACAUGCAUGAUCGUUUAUUCCACUGUCAAUUAAUCCACGUGAUGAUCGAGGAUUCAUGAUCGUUCCUUUGAUUGUUACGCAUUGUUUUCUCGGACGCGUGGCUCCAAUGAAAACCUCUUCCACCGAUGUCACGGUUGCGUGUCAUGGAUAAUCGAAAGGGACCAAUUCGUAAAGACACACUGCGCUGAUCUAGAACACCAAACGCAAGGAUAUUCGUAUAACAAGAAAUGACUUGUAGGCGGUUUAUCAAAUCGUCGAAAAUGUCGUGUUGCUGAUGUAACUAACCGAUUGUCGUUUGGAGUUCCGCGGUAUACGUUCUCGACGUAUCGUCAGCGAGAAAUUUGAAAAUUACGUCGUACGUUUCGUCCCGACAGUUGCUCAGUUGAUGAAAUUUUAUUUAAAAUUUAUCAGAAGCUCCAAAGGAAUGUGUUAAAUGACCUCGCGAUCAGUGUAAACAACGUUAACGACGCAAUGGAAAAAUUUGCCGUUGAUUUGGACAAAGUUCUCGACGAUUUUGAAUUUAAUGAAGAUUGUGCAGAGCAAAUAGCAUCUGUUAAUCCUUCUGCAAACAGUGCAUCGUCUUCUGCGAGUAAGAGUAACUUGGAACCAUCGGAUUUAAAACCUUAUAAUUAUCAUUUGAUAGAGUCUAGAAAAGCCAACAAAGAAUUGGAUGUGGUAUCUCCUUUGGAAAGGUAUAAGGAUCCACAGGAAACGGCUGGAAGGAGUAUAUGUGUCGAAGACAAGAACGUAAUUCCUGAUGCUCUUACCUAUACUAAAGAUGAAACGUCGCUAGAUAGCUUGGACAGCGUAAAUCAUUUUUAUAUGCAAGAAUGCGCAAACGACAAUAAAUUGACACAAAAACAAAUUGUCCCGCCGUAUAACUCCGAGCAGGUUCCUUUGACGAUACAUAACGACAUAUCGCAAAAAUUAAUUCAAAAACAGCAAAAUGGUAGUAGUAGCCCAAAGAUUGACAAUAGGUAUGAUAAAAAACUGAAUCAAUUUAAUCUCAAACCCAGUGUUAGCAAUGUAUUCAGUAGUUUAAACGACUAUAUAAACGCGCCGCCUGGAAGUUCGGACUGUAUUCACCCUACGUUAGACGAGCAAGAAAGAGAAUCCAAUAUAGAAUCUAAACCUAUUUGCCACGAUAGGGAAGCACCUCGGUUAAUUCAAAGUUCUGUGAAAAAUACAGACGAAAGUACAGCGAUUAAACAAGGAAGCAAUACGAUUAUUAGUGGUAAAGAAGCUUCCAUUUCAAGUCAACAUGAUGUCGCGGUAUCCGUAGCAUCGGAAUUUCCCGAUACGCGUGAAUCGAAUAUCGAAGAAGAUAGUGUAAAAAAUAUUCAUUUACCAAGUUAUGAAGAAAUAAAAAAUGAAUCUGAACUCUCUAGAAACACAAUGGUAACCGAAACAUACAGAUUAAGUACCGAUGCAGAAGUAGUAAACGAGAAACUACAUAGUAAACUCAAUUUUGAUCGGGUGCGUGAAAAUAUUGAUAUCGUAAGCAGAGAGAAUAAUUCGAGAUUUGAAUAUCUUCAUGGCGCUCAGGCGACUAGUUGCGAAAAGAAGUCUGUAACACAAUCGGAAGAAAGUAAACCGUUAGAUGUAAAAUGUUCUGUUACAACUGAUAAACAUAAAGUCAGUUCAAAUCUAGUACAUAAACCACUUGGAUUCAGUAGUAUCAAUGAUUUACCAGAGGAGGAACUGACUAAGUAUUUAGCUGAAAUAGAGGAAGAAGAUACGCUAAACAAAGAAAAUAACAAGCACGAAACUGUAUUAGAAAAUACAAUGCAAAGUACAUCACAAGAUCAAAAGAACGAAGUUCAAAUCUUGAAAAAUAUUAUAGAACCUUCAACGACAACAGAGGAAGAAUUAAGCAAGAAAAUAGAAAAUAUUUCGGUAAUUGAUUAUACGAAAGAAGAUACAAAUAAAGAAAUACAGACUGAUUUAUUAGAGAAACAGAAUCAACAACAAUACAACGAUCAAGCGAAAGAAGAUAAACGUAGCGACGUGUUAGAUAAUACAAGCAGUAGAAAAUUCGAAUUAUCGCAUAUAGACGAUGAUGAGAAGGAAAAACACGAAUAUAUUCAUGUAACGUUAGAAAGCGGAUCUAUAUCUAAUACAGAGAGUAUUAAGGACGUUCGAGAAGAUUGUACAUAUGAUUUAAAUAUAAAUCAAGAAUCAUUGACUAACGAUAGAACUGAAACGCAAUUAAAGGAGCAGAAAGAAAAUUUUGGGCAAUAUAGUCAAGCUUGCGAAUUAAAAAUGCAAAGCGACAUCGAUAAUAAUUCCGAAGAAAGCAUUUCGAUAUCAUCCGAAAUAAAAGUACAAAGUAAUACGAUAACGCAUUAUGACGAUACAAUGCCUAAAUCUGUGGAGGCUUCCAUAAGAUCAAAUACAAGCGAUACCAGCGAUGAAUCAGAGAAGCCAGUGCGUCCUCAGACUUUGGAUAUCGUUUUAACAAAUAAUACAAGCGAACAUCCGACACUUGGUUCUACAAGCGAUACAUCUGGUCAAGUGCAAUCGGAUGUCGAUGCUAUGAAAGAAGAUCAAGGAUCUUUGCCAGAUAUCUUAGACAAUUCCUUACCAGAAUCUAGUUUAGUUUUGGGAAAGCAACCCCCAUUUUGGGUUCCAGAUAGCAAUGCACCCAGUUGUAUGUUCUGCGAUGUAAAAUUUACAGUAAUCAAAAGGCGACAUCACUGUCGCGCGUGUGGAAAAGUCUUAUGUAAUAAAUGCUGUAGUAUGAAAUAUAAAUUAGAAUAUCAGGGAAACAUUGACUCCCGCGUUUGCGUUUCCUGUUAUCAGCUUCUCACCAAAGCUGAAACUGAACAAGGUUUGGGAGAAUGGACUUCUGGUUAUUCAACGUGCAUGAGUAACAAUGAUAUCAAUUCACCUCAGGGGAGACAGCCUAAUCCAAAUAAUCCCAUGGAGUACUGUUCAACUAUACCACCCUUGCAACAGUUAUCUGGCGGAUUGGCUCCACCGCCUACGGUCAUGGUACCCGUCGGAGUUCUUAAAAGAGAAGGUGGUACAAAGAACAGGCCUGAAGUUUCAAAAUCUGUUAUGUUUAGCGAUGGAAUAAGGCCUGGCUGUGACCUGACAGAACUAGACAUGUCGUGGGACUUGAAACGGCCGUACCGGAAAUUGGCGAGCAUGAUUAUACCGACGCCUGGAUCGUCGGUGCCGAGUACUUCUGUCAAGAGGCAGAACUUGCCGCAUUUGGAUCCAAACACUGAAAGUUACGUGCCACACGAACCGAACGCCCUUCCGCCAACCGUAACGAUACAUAAAGGACAAGUAUCAUACCACCCUGUAACAGACGAGGAUCUUCUCUACAAAACACUAAAAAAUGAUUGCGAGCCACCAGUAAUGUUUGCAAUUAAUCGGAAUCUCUAUGCCUACGUUAAGAUAGUAAAUUUAAAUUGCUGCGUAAAUAAAACAUGUUGGAACGUUACAUCGAAAGGACUCGCUUGCGUAGGACAAGACGAGGUAAUACUGUUAAUUGAAACGUUGCCCGAUGAAACCCAGAUACCGAAGGACCUCCUUAUUUUCAUCAACGAGUUAUAUCUCGAAGCUAUCGCAGGACACACGGUCUCCGAGUUGGGAUUCUCGAGAUAUCAUGGAGGAAAUCUUUUGGGUUCUCGGAAACAUGCUGGAUUUCUUUUCAUACGACAAACGUUUCAAUGUUUACAAAAGAUCGUUUUACCUCCUGCCCCUUUCCUAGUGGGUUUACUGGUGCACAGGUGGGAAACACCGUGGGCUAAAGUGUUUCCGUUGCGUCUUGUCCUACGAAUUGGUGCGGAAUAUCGCAACUAUCCUUGCCCGCUAUUCUCCGUGCGAUUUCGUGAUGCCUUGUACUUUGAGAUAGGACACACUGUUAUGAAAGUGUUAGCGGAUUUUCGAAACUUCGGGUACACGUUACCUACCGUGAGAGGACUGACUAUACAUUUCAGGAAUCGAAUAACGGAUGUGAUGUUCCCAAAGAAUCGAUACGAUCAAGUGAUCAAAGGUUUGAACAAUUCGAACGACCACGUGCUAGCGUAUGCUUCGAAUUUCAGCAUGGCUGCCGACUCGCACUUAGUCUGCAUACAAACCAACACUGGCGACGAAAGCAAUUACCAAACGCAAGCGAUAAGUAUCGCGAACAAACCAAGAACAGUGACAGGAACGAGUUUUAUCGUUAUCAACGGCGCGUUAAAAUCGUCGAUGGGUCUCUCGGCCAAAUCAAGUAUAGUGGAGGAUGGAAUGAUGGUAGAAAUAAUGCCAGAAAAAAUGGAGGCUUUAAAGGCGGCUCUCAGAAACAUGCAAGAUUUUUCUAUUGGUUGCGGUCGACAAGGAGCACCCGAACCAGACGAAACAGUAAACAUAAAAUGGGUCGAAAACGAUGUAAACUUCAACGUAGGAGUUAAAAGUCCUAUCGAUGGACAACCAAUGGAUGGUAUUCCAUCGAUUAGAGUACGUAAAAGUAUCCAUUGCAAGGGAACAAGCAGAUUUAUUUGUUGGAGGGAAGUAUUUAUUAUUAAGUCUGAUGAUCAUCCGAACGGGGUUCACGAUCCAGUGGAUAUAGAUAAAUUAUCCGGAAAUAUAGCGAAAGCAACGUGCACAGCUUUGGUGAAGCUACUAGACCUUCUAGCUACUGCUGGUUUAAUGAAACUUGGCGUAAGAACUACCAUUCAUCCCGAUAACGUGGGUUAUGAAGCUGGUAGUGAAGGUAUGAAAUUGCCACCGAUCUACAUGAACAGUUUGGACAACGAAUUAAUUCAAGUUCUGCAUAAAGCAGCGCAAAGCAGUCAGGAUACACAUACGGUGCUUGAAUUAAUUUUUUACAUACUCGACUAUUGAGACUUGUCCCUGUUUACUCCUGUUUUGUUAACAUCUUCAUCGAACAAAAUAUUGACACGCAUAUUGUCGUGCAACAUUUGUACACCCGCCAUGUACAAUUUAAGGAUUCGUGGAACUAUUGAAAUAGAUGAUCUGAAACGAGGGGGAAAUAUUUUCUAUUUAAAUACUAACCACAUACAUAGACGACACAAAAGCGCUUAUCUAUAUGUACAUCAUAAAAUGUACCGAAUCAUGUCCAGUAAAGAUACAAGAAAAUAACUACUAAUACACAAAUAUAAAUAGUAACUGCUGAAUAUGAAGGUACAUACUCACAUUUGCUUUAAAUUGUAUUAGCCUCGCUCCUCUGGGGUGUGGCAAUCGAAUUCUGUAUUUAUAAUUGUCUUUUAUUCGAAAACAUUGACGAUAAAUGUAUUGUUUUGUAUAAAGAAUUUUAGGAACUUUUUGUGGCUGGAGCCGAAUGAAGAUACCAUCAUUUUUUAUUUGCAUUAUGUAAAUAUAUACGUUUUGUUGUUAUUCGUGUAAUAUUUGUAUAAUGAUAGUUAAUAGUACUUUUUUGAAGUGUUAACUUGAUAAAUAAAAUAGUUUUUGUUAAUCUCUA